UGUGAAAGAGGACUCGAUGUGUUUUCAUUAAGCGACUCAUUUAUACGUAUAUUGUAGGGUUAGUAAAACUCGAUAAAGAACUCUAUCGCUGUUGUCACAAAGUCAGCCAAAAAUUGGUUUAACGAAACUCGAGCCGUAAAUAGUAAGCAGUCUCACGCUCUGUCAGUCUACUUGUGUUUUCAACACACCAAAUAUUGACCUUUGUAAGAUUCAGUCGCCUAUUAACCAGAUCAACAUGUCGCCACUAGCUGGAACACCUGGACAAGCAUGCUCAACUCUUUUUUGCAAAACUGGACUAUCGACACAAUCUGAUCAUAACCACAUAUCUUGCCAGUUAGAUCUGAACACAGACCGUAUUGAAACUCAUGCCAACUCCAAUUACUGUAGCAAGGUAAAUUCGAGCAUCAGAUUUAGCAACUCUAUUUCACGUGCUACACUUGCAGCAACCAAAGCAUCUCAAGUCAAUGAGGAAGAACCAAAUCAGAUCAGUAGCAACUAUAGAAAAAAACCAUUAUGCAUGAAACUUACUGUUCCGAUGCCAACUUCAUAUACUCAACGAUCUAGCCUAAUGAAAACAACACUUGCUCCACUCCUGGAAAAGUCAGUCGUAGAAGAAAACAGCAGCAAUGGAAAGCUCUACAGUACUCAAAGAAAAGACAUGACCAAAGCACUAUCAACAAACGAUGAAGCCAAUUUCAGCAUAGUUGAUAUUGAUACAUUGGAAAAAACGCCAGAUUCAGCAGUUGUUGUAAACCAUGAAAACUUGAAAAAAGCUUUUUCAGUGCUGCAACCGAUCCAUAACAUCAAGGCUGUAUCGAAAGCAACAGAACAUAUUAACCCAUCGAUUACAACAUCAUCACCACAUGAACUUUCUUCCGACAAACACUGUGCAUUGAAUCAGUCAGACGCGACCGACGCGUCAGUGGCACUAGACGUUACCCUGGCUGCCACCCAGCCCAUGCACAAGCCACUUAUCUAUUCAUCACAAGAACAUCUACAAUUGCAACCUUUAUUAAAAUAUCAUCAGCCAAUGCUCAAACAGCAUGAACAAACUUCUUAUUCACAACCGAAUCUAUCAACCAAAUCUACUACUGUCAACCGUCCACAACUGACUCAUUCUUUAUCACAGGUUUGCAUCCCUUUUACCAAUCUUGAAGUCUUUAUUCUUCAAGUGUCUCUUUAA